AUGGGAAACCUAGUCGCUCCGAAGUCGGCAGAUCCUACGGGCACAUGGACGAGAUGUACUCAAGACCUUGGAAGUUGCUCCUCCGAGCAGCUUGGAGUGCUUGAAGAAUUCAGAAUCAGAAUGGUCAGGGCUUUGGAAGUUGCAGAUUCUGCUACGAUUGCGCAGAGCGUAGGAGACUGGUACAAUGCGAGAAAUGUGAAUGAUUUCGUGCUGGUCGACGGACCGUAUCCGUCAAAUCCGACAUGCUCAGGAAGGACAACGCACUCUGAAGAAACACACUUUGCCGAACAUUUGGUUCAAUGCACAUGGUUUUUGCCAAAUAAAUUGGAACGCAAGUUAUUAGAAAGUGGGCGACAAGAUCAGCAAGUAUAA